AUGACCUUCCUACCGAGCAACGGUGGUUGCAACGGGUUCCAAUUCACCUUUGAGACUUACCUAGACUCCUCUUCACCAAAAAUUGAGGUUGACGUUAAGAGCAUCUCCAAGUACGAGGAACAAUUUGGGAGAACGUACCAUUCUUAUCGCGCGGGGUCUUACCACUACCCCAAUGAUCCUACCGAAACUGAGCGUCUAGAUGAUCAAUAUGAAAUUGCUAAGGAGCUGAUGGAGGGUCGCAACUACUUUGCCCCCUUCUCCCGCAAAAAUCCUCCAAGAAAGGUGUUGGACAUCGGUACGGGUACGGGCACAUGGGCCAUCGACAUGGGCGAUGAGUUCCCCGAGGCUGAGAUCAUCGGGACCGACCUCUCACCUGUUCAACCUGAUCUCGUCCCGCCAAAUGUCCGGUUUUUUGUGGAAGAUUCAUCCGAAGAAUGGAUAUAUGCCCCCAACCACUUCGAUUACAUCCACACCCGAUACACCCUUGGUUGCUGGAAAGAUAUGAAGUCUCAGAUCAUCCAACGGGCAUUUGACCACCUAAAGCCAAGCGGGUGGCUCGAGUGCCAGGAGCUCAACACGCUCCCGGUUUGCGACGAUGGCAGCAUGACAGACGACUACAAGCUGCUCCAAUGGGCUCGAGAUAUGGACGAUGCAUCCAGGGCUGCGGACCGACAGCUGGUCAUUGGUGACGAUAUCAAGAGGUGGCUGGAGGAGGUUGGGUUCGUGGACGUGCAGCAGAUAGUGUUGAAAUUACCCGUGGGUGGAUGGGCCAAGGAGCCACGGCUCAAACACCUCGGAAUGCUAUGGCAGAGGAAUCUAUCGGGCGGACUGAGUGGGCUAAGUGUUGGGUUAUUGCAUCGUUUCGGUGGAAAGACUACAGAACAGGUUGAGGUCGACCUAGUGGGCGUGCGGAACUCCAUGUUUGACAGAAAUGCCCAUGCAUACAUGAAGAUCUAUGUCGUCUGGGGCCGAAAACCGGAUGUCAUCUCAUGAAGUAGGUAAAUC